AUGUCCUCAGUAUCGCAACCUCAGCCUGCGCAUGUGGACCAGCGAGGAUACACCGCUGAAUCGAUGGAGAUGAGCCAACCGAAGGCUCACCAGCCCAUGGAUGCCCAGAAGCCUCAGGAAAGCUCUGAGCCCGAGCUCAAUCUCAGAGGUGGUGAAGAUUGUGGUGAAAAUGAGAUUCGUCUUCUCAAGAUUGAAGACGUCAAAGACACAACCAACACCUCUAAGCGCCGUCCAAUAGCAUGCUCAAUUGAACAUGUUUGCCUACCACCCGCCGCUAAAGACAAACACGACCAACAGUUCAAAGGGAAAGGAAGGACGUGGCCUGAGCUUCCUACACAACACGACUUUGCGCCUCUUUUUAGAACAGGUCUAGGGCCACACGUCGGCGAAGCUACCUCAAGACACUCAGGUGAGACGCUCGCUGGAGAGGAAGUUGAUCUACCAUGGAGACACGAAUGGGGCGAUUACAUCGCUCUGUCAUAUGUCUGGGGCAGUCCGAAACCGUCAGACGGAGACGAGUGCCAUUUUAUCACCGUCAACGGAUGCCCAUUCAAGGUCACCCCGAAUCUGUACUACGCCCUGGACCAAUUAAGAAAGAGCUACAGAGUCCGGCAAGGCUUCAAACUAUGGAUAGACGCUGUCUGUAUCGAUCAGACGAAUUCAGAGGAGCGCGGACACCAAGUCGCUCGGAUGCGCGAUAUUUAUCAUUCGGCAUGGCAGGUUGUUAUCUGGCUAGGCCCGAGUGACCAGACAAGCCAGCUCGCUUUUUCAGCAUUACAUUGGCUAUCCCAAGAGUCGAAAAGGGAUAAUCCGAUGGAGGACUUUUACCAACAGAGUUUCUCAAUUGACUUACGACCUCUCUUCAUCAUGUGGCCGAAAUAUCACAGCCCGAUGAAGACGGAAGUUUACAAGGCGCUUUUCCACUUCUUCACACGACCUUAUUGGCGUCGUAUGUGGAUUGUGCAGGAAGUAGCUAUGGGAAACCCCAAUACACCCAUUCUCUGUGGUGACGAGUGUAUUUCAUGGAACGAUAUACACGAGGCCGUACAAGUUAUAGCAUCCGAUGAGUCGAGAUUCGGUCGCGAGAUUCUUGACAGUGUUCAGCCUCAAUCGUUAUUGGGCUGGUCUUCCGAGGUUGCGCGGGAUAGAAAGCUUCGUCAGAGAGAUUGGGCACCAGAGCACAUGUGGAAGGUCCAGCAAACCAUGACGCGUAUCCAAAAUGAUCAACAUGCUGAAAUGGGAUUAAGCGGCUGGACUGACCUCGUGCGAGCAGUUAAUCUUGCACGCGAUGCUCUCGUUACUGACGAUAAGGAUCGAGUCUAUGGUAUCUUGGGCAUAAAAGCCAUUGCCGACAGAGUCAACAUCAAACCAGAUUACAACCUUUCCAUGCCCACCAUCUACUCCAACUUUGCGACCGAGCUCAUGUUGACUGGCGAUCUCAACAUUCUUCGUUUGGCAUCUGGACAUGGCGGAUAUGUGAUGGGGAAUUGGGAGAUCGAACACCUGCCACCAAUGCUCAGAAACGGUUUCAUGGCGCCCUUGGUACUACCGCUAAUGGAUGCCUUUUCACGGAGCUCUGAGAAGAUAGCUGUUGGUGUUCCGUGCGACCACUAUCUACCGUCAUGGAGUGUCUGCUGGGCAUGUGCUCCUAGUCCAACGGCCCAACUAGGUGGAACUUACCAGGCGGAUUUAAACAUGGGUCGCUCAAUACCAACCUUUUCCAGAGGUCAAGCAACUCUUACGACCAAGGGGAUUUUGUUGGAUACGGUCACUUCACUCAGUUCAUCGAACCAGGCGGAGGCUGAUCCCCGAUACCCUUGUAAUAGUACUCCCGCGUCAAAAAGCAUAUAUGGAGAUUUCGAAGCAGCAAGAAAAGCAUUUUGGAGAACGAUAGUAGGCGAUACGACUCCCGACGGCGACAAGGCGCCAGAUUCAUACGCAUGGCUACUCCAGCCCAGGCUUUGGCAGAGAGGUAUCGCAGGUGUUUGGACAAAUGGCUUCGGCCUACAUAACUUUAUGCUUCGCAACUCAGGACUCAAUGUCUGCGGCUUCACUAUCCAAGAACUGAUCUUCGGUCGCAAGAAGUUCCAAUCCUGGGUUAAGCAGACGUUUCCUGGAAAUGUGUAUAACCCGACCGAGGAGCAGCAAGAGAUGUUCUCGUGGGCAGUGAAUGCUAUGGCAUGGAGACGGGUGUUUGGGACAAGAGAUGGAAGAAUUGGGAUGGGCAGUGGUGCUGCUCAGCUAGGCGAUAGUGUGGUUUUGCUUAGUGGUUGUAAUACACCGUUAAUAGUUAGGGAGUGUAAUGGGGGGUGGAAGUUGGUUGGGGAGUGUUAUAUGCAUGGAGUUAUGUAUGGAGAGGUCGAGGCGAAGCAACAUGAGUUGGUGGAUAUCACUAUUUACUAA